AUGGGACGCUUGAUAUACGGCAACGACCCGGAGCUUGAAUGGGUAGUCCAAAAAUACGGCGGCACCAGCAUAGGAAAGUAUGCCUUUCGGAUUGCGCAAGAUAUAAUAAGGGAAACGCUGCGACGGAAUCGGGUUGCAGUGGUGUGCUCGGCACGGAGCACAACGUCCAAAGUGGCGGGCACCACGACUCGAUUAAUAGAUAUUUUCAACGCAUUCGAGGCAGCAAGGGUUCGCGGUGUACAGCACAGCGAUAGCCUGGCAGCACUGCGAACCAGCCUUGACGUUAUUAUACAGGAGCACAUUGCAGCUACGGCACCCUCACUUGAAAGUGAAGACUCUCGAGACAGACUCGCUGAGAGUUUGUCAUUGCAAGGUCAAGUCACAGUCUCGGCUGUUGCGGAAGCCUUGACUUUAUCCGACUAUGACUACGACUUGGUUCAGGACCGGCUAAUCAGCCUGGGAGAAAAGCUCAGCUGUCUAUCAUUGCUUGCCAUUCUACAAGACCUAACUCGCAGCACUGACCGAGUCUUGCACCAGGGUGUUGAAGCAGAAUAUGUCGAUUUAUCCACCAUUCUCCCACGACGAGGUCCUUUAGCCGUGCGAGCCGGCGACGCAGCCUACGCAGAGCUGUCCACCGUCAUCGCCGCCCGUCUACUAGCCUGCGGCCCGCGCGUGCCCGUCAUCACCGGCUUCUUCGGGCACAACCCCGGCGGCGGCGGCGGCGGCAUGCUCGCGUCCGAGAUUGGGCGAGGCUAUACCGACCUCUGCGCGGCCCUCUGCGCCGUCGGCCUCGGCGCCGCCGAGCUGCAGAUUUGGAAAGAAGUCGACGGCAUCAUGACGGCCGACCCUUCGCGCGUGGCCCGCGCGCAGCUCAUCCCGCGCAUGUCCCUCGCGGAAGCGGCGGCCCUCACCCAGCACGGCUCCGAAGUGGUGCACGCGCUGGCGAUUCGGCACUUGGCGGCGGCGGCGGCGCCGACGGCCAUUACGCUGAGCAUCAGAAACGUCAAGCGUCCGUUGGCGCUAGGCACGAUUGUGAGGCGCGCAGACGACGACGACGACGACAAGUGCGAGUCGUCGUACACUGAUUCCGACACGGACUGCGCGUCUCUCAAGUUUGCUGCCACGUUUUGCCGAGCAAUCACUGCAAAGGAUGAUGCUUGCAUUUUGCAUCACGUCUCAAUUGUCGCCGUCCUCUUCUGUCAAGAGACCAAGUCGGUUCUCUCUGUCGUCUGCGAAAAGAAUACUGCUGGGACAGAACAAAGUGGCCACCUCGCAGACUGCCAGCAUCAUUACUUUGAUAUGCAAUCGCGCCGAUGGUACUUUUCCAUUGGCGAGCCGGGUGCUUGCGAUUUUGAAAGCUGCGAGUAUAGAGUCUACUCUACUGCCGCUCGAGGGGGGAGGUAG